GAUUAUUUGGUAUUGAAGCACAAAAAUCCCACCGAAUGGGGAAUAGUGAAUCAAUUACUGAUGAUAGUCAUGAUGAUUUUCAACAUCAACCCCCUUCAUAUGCAGGAAGUUCCAUGGAAACUAAUUAUCAAAGAAGACAGCAACCCAGCUACAUCGCUGAUAAUUUCAACUCCGUGGAAGAG